AUGUCGGUCAUCCUCUGCACAGCUGGUUACGACCACACCAUUAGGUUCUGGGAGGCCCUCUCCGGAAUCUGCUCCCGAACCAUUCAGCAUCCCGAUUCCCAGGUCAACCGACUGUGUAUCUCCCCCGACAAGCGCCACCUCGCGGCUGCCGGCAACCACACAGUAAAGCUGUUCGACGUUCGCUCCACGAACCCCGCUCCCACCUCUGUCUUUGAGGGCCACACAGGCAACAUCACAGGCGUGGCAUUUCACUGCGAUGGCAAAUGGAUGGUCACGAGCUCUGAGGACGGCACCGUCAAGAUCUGGGAUACUCGCACCGGCGUGAUCCAGCGAAGCUACGAUCAUGGAUCCCCUGUCAAUGAUGUAGUUAUCCAUCCGAACCAGGGCGAGAUUAUCAGCUGCGAUAGGAGCGGCAGCAUUCGGCUCUGGGAUUUGGCUGAGAACACCUGCGCCCACCAACUCAUUCCCGAGGAAGAGGUCUCUGUGUCGAGUGUCACGGUUGCGACUGACGGCACUCUACUCUGCGCGGCCAACAACGCGCGCACCCAACUUGUCCCGAUGACUCACUUCUCGGCACACAAGGAGUACAUCACCCGUAUCCUCCUUUCGCCCGACGUCAAGAAGCUGGCUACUUGCAGUGCCGACCAUACCGCCAAAAUCUGGGAGGUCAAGGAGAUGGAGCCGGCUGGCCCCAACGCCGAGCCGCGCGCCUUUCCACUCGAAGCCACCCUGACGGGCCACCAACGGUGGGUUUGGGACUGUGCCUUCAGCGCCGAUAGCGCCUACCUCGUCACGGCCUGUAGCGAUCACUAUGCGCGCCUGUGGGAGCUACACACGCAGCAGAUCAUCCGCCAGUAUAACGGCCACCACCGUGGCGCCGUCUGCGUCGCGCUCAACGACUAUUCCGAGACCCGCUAG